GUUCUAGUAAUCCCUGGUAUAUAGUAAGGUUAUUAACAUUCUACGAAUUCUAUACGAAAAUAUAAUUAGCAGAUUCGAUCUCAAGACAAAAUUUGUCAUCUUAGAGAUAUUAUUUACACAUAGCAAAAAUUAGCGAUGGAGGAACAACGAAGCGACAAAAUCUAUGGUGGAUGUGAAGGCCCUGAUGCCAUGUAUGUAAAGCUUAUUUCAUCGGAUGGGCAGGAAUUUAUAGUGAAACGGGAACAUGCUCUGACCUCUGGCACCAUAAAGGCAAUGCUUUCGGGUCCUGGACAAUUUGCAGAAAACGAAGCAAAUGAAGUUCAUUUCAGAGAAAUCCCAUCUCAUGUUCUUCAGAAGGUAUGCAUGUACUUCACAUAUAAAGUUCGUUACACCAAUAGUUCUACUGAAAUUCCUGAAUUUCCGAUUGCACCUGAAAUCGCGUUGGAGUUGUUAAUGGCGGCAAAUUUCUUAGAUUGUUGAAUAAUAAAUUGAAUAAACAUUUUUUAGUUGAAUCAUUAUAAA